GUAGUCAAAAUAAAACAUUCAAAGCACGGCCGUUAUACAUUACAAAAGAAAACGUUGCAAAUCCUAAAUUUUAAGUCUACGAAGAGGACAUGGAACACUUUGAUAUUGUAAUGGAGGAGAUCGGUUUCGGAAGUGUCCACCUAUUUGCGACAGUUGCGCUUGGCCUCGUGCAGAUGCUUACCAUCCACGAAACUAUGGGCAUGGGCGUCAUUGGCCCGGCCGCUGUAUGCGAUCUGAAAAUGAAUCAGCCGCAGUUAGCUUCCCUUAUGGGGGCCGGCUUUAUGGGCAUUAUAUGCUCUUCCUACUUCUGGGGCUACAUCACCGACAAGAAGGGUCGGCGCUGGACCCUUUUGCGAACGAUUGUUCUAAGCAAUUUGUGUUCAGUUGCCUCCAUGUUUACAAUCAGUUUCACUAGCUUCUUUGUAAUGCGCUUCAUCACGUGUAUUUUUGUGGCCGGUCCUAGUUUCGUGGCACCUACCUAUCUUAGUGAGUUCUGCUCGAAUCGGAUCUUGGCCCGUACAGUCACUCACAUGUACAUGUUCACCGGCUUCGCCAUGCUCUCAGUACCGGCGUGGGCAACGCUCUUUCUGAGCUCGAACUUAAUAGAGUUUGAGGUGGAGUUGGUGGGCACGCUGACACUGAGACCCUGGCGAGUUUUGGGAUGUAUAUACAUACUGCCGGGCGUUUUCGCGUUUUGUCUGCUGCUAAUCUUGCCGGAGAGCCCAAAAUUUCUGUUUAUGAUUGGCGACACAAAGAGAGGUUUGGCUACUAUGGAAUGGAUAUCACGCAAGAACACCGGGAAAUCUCUGACCGAAGAGCAGGUAGACCAUUUGCUCUCAUACCAGGAGAACGCCCAGGUUAGACGGUCGAAGGGCAGUCACAACUUCCUUCGAUCGAUGCUCAAUGAUGCGAUGCCCCUGGUUCGAAAACCAUUCGUGGGCUACUUCCUUUGCGUCUGCUUGGUUAUGUUUAUCCUAGGUCUAUUGGCCAACGGACUGGGUAUUUGGUACACUGCUAUGCGGAACCGUUGCAAUAUGCGGCAGGGGAACACAAAGGGCAUGAGCUUCUGCCGGCUACUCUUUGUUCCAGAAACAGGUCUGUUGUUGGAAACUGAAGCCGAUUUUGAAGCGGUCUGCAACGACUCCUUCAAGGGCUUCAAUGACUCCUUUAUUUUGGGAAUAGUCUACGUCGUGAUGUACAACUUCUGCUGGUUGUCGCUCUUCCAAGUUCAUAGAAAGGUUAUGUUUGUCUUUUCCCUUAUGGCCUCCACUACAUUUGGCAUUUUGCUGAUCUUUGUCACUAAUACCUGGAUUCAACUAUUUUCUUUGGUGUUCCUGCUGUCUUUUCCCGGUGUUAUAGUUGGUUUGCUAGGUGGAUCCCUAUUGGGUUUUGUGCCUACCUUCAUGCGAGCCAAAGCAAUGUGCAUUGUCCUUAUGUGGUGUAGAUGUGGGGCGGCGGUUGGCGCUGUCCUGGUCGGCUUCAACAUGCAGUUUAGUUGCGAAAUGUUUCUGCUAGCUAUCGCAAUACUUCCUCUGAUUGCCGCUUGUAUGGAGGGGUAUUUGCCAUUGUAAUUUCGAAAUAAGGUUUAAACUUUAUUAAUUUCGAUGUAUUUUUCGUACUAUAAAAAUAUGCGAAAUUCGCAAUUUAUUUAAACAACCUCA